AUGUCGUCCAAAGAACCAUCCGUCAACGACAAAGUCAGUGCCAGUACCGAGUCAAGGGAUUCGGCCGCUCCUUUGUUGAGAGAUUCCUCUGCUCUACCCUCCGGAGCGCAGAAUCCUGCGCCGACAGUUGAGGAAACUGCGACUAAACCGCGGAAGAGGGAUUUCUGGAAGUUGGGAAAGAAGCCGGAAGAAGACAAACAUCAUGGAAAGGGGAAAGCUGCCGUUGUUACAAAACCCUCUUCCUCCACUGCCAGCGCCUCCGCUGGAUUGAAUCCGACGUCGCCCAUUAGGUCUGUGGACUCGACCAGUGGUUCGGUAUCGCCGCACAGAGGCUCUGUGGCUCAUCCAUAUGGUAUCCCGGGCUCGCCGGGGUACGGAGUGAGCAACUCGUCUCCGAGACCGCACUCUCCUGCAUCUUCCAUGAUCUUUGAGCGAAAUGUCCAGGAGGAAAUCGCUCUUCCUGAGACGUCCCCACACUUGCCUUCCCAUGUGCUCAUGGAAAAUCACAUUGCGCCCGCUCUGGACGCAUCUGCAGAGGCUAUCACCAACGAAAAGCUGGACCCCGACACGGUGGAGAUCGUUACUCAUGUAACACAUCAACCUGCUGCCGUGACGAUCUCCGGUCUUGGAGCCGAUCAUUCUCUUGCUUCUUCGGUACAGGACGAGUUUCCUCCGUCUGCGGCGCAUCGUCAAGACACGGAUACUGGGUCGAAUUAUGGCUCCUUGGAUUCCACCGAUGUGCGGCGCCUGAGUUUCAUCUCCUUCGCUGAUGUUGUUCACGGCGAGCAGGAGCUGGGAGAUCCGCGCCGAGACUCGACUCAUCUAUCGGGACACCCGUCCCUCGCUCCAGCUCGCUCCCCAUCCCCUAUUCGAUCGCCCACGUCCUCGGCGGCAUUUGGAACAUCUCCACCCACAAGUGUGACCGCCUCCGUAAAGGGCCUUGAGACAUCUCCCAACCGAGCCCCGAGGGGUGCUGGGAGCCCGCUCCCAGGACAGAGCUCACCACUGGCCGCUGGAAACGAAAUCAACGUUGAAACAAUGCGACAAGCCCUCCGGAGAACCGGGAGCGGAGACAUGAGCCAUUUCCGCAGCCCACCCGCCAGCGCAGUUGGCAACGAUGAUGGAACAUAUGAGCGACCCUUCAGAUGA